AUGGCUCUAGGCUCAAUAUGGGCGCGCCUCAGAGGUAAUGGUCAGCCCAGCCUGGCCAGAUCGACGGCAUUGAGAGUCUUUGGUUUCGCGACUUGGAUUCCCGUCAUCGCCAUGUUCAACCUACAUGUUGCAGAAUUGACCUUUGUGGACGGCGCAUCUAUGUACCCUCUAAUAAACGACGAAAAAGACUCAACUCUUCAACGGGACGUGAUCCUCAACUGGAAGUGGUCACCCCAAGAGAACUUGGAGAGGGGCAUGGUGGUAACAUUACGGAGUCCACUGCAUCCCGAGACAAUCGCAGUCAAGCGCGUAGUCGCACUGGAGAACGAUGUGAUCAAGACAAAGGCGCCUCAUCCGUUGCCAACGGUGCGAGUACCUCAAGGACACGUAUGGGUGGAAGGAGAUGGACCUCCAGGAUCGAGUCUUGACAGUAACACGUACGGACCAGUGUCUAAACAGUUGAUUACUGGUCGAGUCACGCAUGUUGUGUUUCCUUUUCGCAAGUUUGGGGCGCUUCCAUGGCGUGAGCAUAAGCGACCAUUGGUAGAGUGA